AUGAAUUUGAAUCUAUUGCGCGAGAGAGUUUUUCGUUUGAAAAAUUUGCCUUCGGGCAAUUUGGACACCCAACUGAGACGAUGUUUGACAACUUUUGAUAUAACCUUAUUAGGAAUCGGACAUAUGAUUGGAGCUGGGAUUUACGUAUUGACAGGAAGUGUUGUUCGAUAUGUCGCGGGGCCAUCAGUCGUCGUUUCAUUUCUGAUUGCUGGAGUCGCAUCACUGCUUUCAGCUCUUUGUUAUGCAGAGUUUGGAGCAAGAUUUCCUAAAGCUGGAAGCGCUUAUACUUAUGCUUAUGUUGGUGUUGGAGAGUUAUGGGCUUUCAUUAUUGGCUGGAACAUCAUUCUUGAGCAUAUGGUUGGAGCCGCAGCUGUUGCCCGAUCUUGGUCUGGAUAUUUGGAUUCCUUAUUAGGGAAUGCUAUAAGCAAUUCAACAAUGAAAGAAAUAGGCCGUUUCUCAAACACAUCUCUCCUUGCAGAUUAUCCGGAUUUCACAGCUUUUCUUCUAAUCAUUGUUGUUGCAAUUUUCGUUGGCUUGGGCUCAAAGGUUUCAACCAAUUUCAACUCAACUUUCACCAUCAUCAAUAUGGCUGUAAUAUGUGUUGUCAUUGGCUACGGAAUCACCUACGCGGACUUCUCUCUAUGGUCAGGAUAUGAUGAAAAUGGAAAAUCUAAAUUUUUCCCUUAUGGAGUUAAUGGAAUGAUGGCUGGAGCAGCUUCAUGUUUCUUUGCUUAUAUUGGCUUCGAUGGUUUAGCUACAGCUGGAGAAGAAGCAAAAGAUCCUUCUCGAUCAAUUCCAAUCGCUACUUUCACUUCAAUGUCUGUUGUUACUUUGGCUUACAUACUCAUGGCUGCAUCUCUUACUCUGAUGAUUCCCUACUAUGAGGUUCACCCAACUGCAGCUUUCUCGGAUGCUUUCGCUCUGAAAGGAGCUACAAUAGCUCGUUAUGCCGUUUCUAUUGGAGCCUUAUGUGGAAUGAUGACUAGUCUGGUCGGAGGGAUGUUCGCCCUUCCUCGUUGUGUGUUUGCCAUGGCUGAAGAUGGAUUAUUAUUCAAGGAUCUGGCUGUGGUUAACAGUAAAACUCAAGUUCCAAUUAAUGCCAUAAUAGUUUUUGGAUCUUUGACUGCAAUCAUAGCUUUAUUGUUUGAUAUCACGACGCUAGUUGAAUUCUUAUCCAUUGGAACCCUGCUCGCUUACACUAUUGUUUCUGCUUGUGUUAUUACUUUACGUUACCAACCAGCUCAGUACCCUGAGGAUGAUGCAUUCGAUAAUGCUCCCGGACAUGCGAUUUACUACUCAAUAAGUUUAAUGACUUUUGGAUUUGUCUGGCUCUCCACGAGUCUACCGACUGUUGAUGGAUUCUUCAACAGUCAACACAUCUUAGACUUCAGUAUCGGUUUGAUAAUAUCCUUAGCCCCUCUACUCUUCAUUACUUUGCAUCAUCAGAACAGUGUGAGCUUGUCAUUCCGAGUUCCACUUGUUCCUCUUCUACCAGCUACCAGCAUGUUUUUGAAUAUAGCGAUGAUGGUUCAUCUGUCUGUACUGACUUGGGUUAGAUUAUUCAUCUGGCUGACUAUCGGGUUUGUUAUAUACUUCUUUUACGGAAUGAAACAUAGCAAAGAAGAACUCCCAAGGGCAGACCCAAUUACCAAGUCAAGCACUUAUGAUUCGGUAGUUACAGCCAGUACUUUACCGGAUGAUUAA